UUGAUUGGUUAAUUGGCUGAAGGCAGGUGAAAGUUUCUGGAUAAUUGGGUCUCGGAUGGCCCUUGCACGCCUGGUCAAGAAUUCAAUCCAACUCACACGCCAAAACCAAUAGCAAAAUGCUGCUGUUCAACGCGUGGAGGCAAUUGAUCCGCUGGCAAGGGUGGGGAUGGACUCAUGGAGAGCGAAAACUUCGGCGUGGCUCCAGUCUUACAGUAGCGACAGUCCAGAUGCCCCUAGUCCGUGACCCUCGUCGGCCGCUUCUGUUCCUGGUCGCCCGGUCCAAUCCCACGACCAGCAUUCUUCCCUUCCCCUGCGCAUUCAUCCCCUGCUCCCCUGCUGGGCCAGCAAGCAAAGCACGCAGUCCAGUCCAACCCAACCCAAGCCAGGCCAAGCCAGAUGCGGCCCCAAACGAAGGGAAGGGAAGGGGAGAAGAAGGGGAAGGAUUCUUCGCCCUUCCGAUUCUGAAUAUUAUCUCUCCCAUCGGCCCCUUCUUUCCUCAGCAGCAUCAAUAGCAUCAGUAUCGCCGGCGACGUUCCUUCCUUCUGAACCUGGUUGUUCGAGACUCCUUAUCGACGCCUCACGCAGUAUAAACACCACUCACUCCUUCACAUCGCAUCUUUCAAGACACGACGUACACACAAUCGUCAACAAAAGCAACUUUCACAGCUUCCCCCCACCGAUAGGACCGCGUCCCGAUCAACAGACUCACUCACUCACUUGCCAACAACUCACACACUCUCUCUCUUCACCAAAGUCAGAACGUUACAUUUACAUUCCCACGUAUAUAUUCACUCCCCAUAUCAUUCGCAUCGCCUUUUCCCCGCAAUUUUUGGCUUCCA